AUGUCCCGAGUACAAGCCCAUCGUAUCGGUUCUCUCCUUUUCUGCCCAGCUUGCGGAACAUUGUUAGAUUUACCUAGAGAUGAUCAAGAUGAGAUAGCUUGUGCUCAAUGUGGACGUACUGAACCUGCUUCUUGUGAGUGGAUUAUAUUUCGUGCAUAUGAAAACCUUCCCACCAAAACAUUUUCAGGACCGAACGCUUUUCCUUCUCCGUUAAGAAGUAAGAGAGCUUUGGUACAGAAUACUAUCUCUGGACAAGAGGCUGCGAAAGGGAGGGAUCCUAUUGCUCAAGAGAAAUGCGUAAAGUGUGGUCAUAUUGGUUUGAGCUAUAAAGAGAUGCAAUUACGUUCCGCCGAUGAAGGUAGUACUAUCUUUUAUAAAUGUCUGAAAUGCGGUCAUCAAACAUCUACCAAUAAUUGA